AUAGCUCUAUUUUGUAGGAAAUUUUCCGGCCUACAACUUCCCCAUAUAACACUUUUCUCUAUCUCGAUGAGAAAUGGGUGAAUUUUCCAUUUUCCUGGACCCUUAGCUUAGUGUCCAAAUUACCCCGAGCACGGGUAAUUUGGACACUUUGGUGCACAAAUUAUUAAACAUGAAAAUUUUUGGACAAUAAAAAAAUUUUAUUUUUUCGAUUAUUUUUUUGGAAGAUGGGAUAUUUAUCUAAGAUUCAUUUCCAGUAAUUUGCCAGAUAAAAAUAUUUAACAGAGCCUCAAACUUUAACAUUUUCUGAACCAUAAACGGGCAAAGUCUAAAAAAGGCCAUUUUUCAAAUUAUCGUAAAUUUCUUUUUUUAGUUAAAAUUUUUUAUCUUUUUUUGCUUAUAAUCUGUAAGAAAACAUUAAAAGGCACAACCACAAUAAAUAUCUUAAAUGUGCGUCGGAAAAUGUGCCGGAAAAACUCAAGUGGCCAAAUUACCCCACUCCAAUUUUCCGGAUAAAACCAUUUCCACAGGAAAAUCUGUUUGCGAUAUCGGAAAAUGGAUGUCUCUAUCGUGUUUAAGAUGGAUCAAUGACCCUUAAUGGCUUAAAAGUUAAUUUUUAACUGUUAAAAAUUUUUCGAAAAUGACGAAUUUCCAAAAUGCCAAAAGCACUUGAAAACGUGAAAAAAUGAUUUUUCUUAAACAAAAGAAAAUCCAAUGAUCGGAUUUUCCUCAAACUUGGUACGAUUGAUUAUCUCUAUGGGGAGUAUAAACUGUGGAGAAAUGGAUUUUCUAGCAUUUACCAUACUUGAGAUAUUCCCAUUAAUGACUUUGCCAAAGUGGCCAAAUUACCCCGUCUUCCCCUACCUCUUGGAGAGAUACUUUGCCUCAUUUACAUCCAUAAUCCCCCCUCAUAAGUGAAGAAAUUCUCAAGCUACGCACGUUCUUUUAAUGAUCGCGACAUACUAAAAUCUCUAAAACUUUAAAAAACUUUAAGAAGAAAAAAAUGUUUGAAGUUGUUUUGAAUGGCUAAUAAGGCCCCAAAAAGUCUGUGUUUAAGUGUUUUUCAUUCACAACAUUUGGUAUAAGAUCUCUGUGCCAGCAGUGCCAGCAAAGUGUUGAAUUUGCAAGCAAAAGAAGAAGAAGAAAAAGAUUAUAAAGAAAGCAUCAUGUCCGAAUCUCUUGUGGCCGAUUACAAAAUAGACCCCAAUGGAUUGCCAAAUAUUCUCAAUGGUAGCCAAAAAAGUUGUAAUCUGUGCAAAGCAAUAAAACCCGCGGAUUCCAGUAGAGGUGGUGGAAUACUUUUGAAUAGACGUGGCAAGAAAUACGAUAGUAGCGUAAUCAGCACCACAUUCAGCACCGAUAAAGAAACCAAGAGCGCCCACAAUCAACUUAUAAAAUUAACUCCCACACCACGCUACAAAAUAUCAACUCCAGCGAGCAGACACAACCACAUGACCCUGACUUACUCAACACUUGGAGACAAUCGUCUCAACUACCGCCGAAAGUAUGAUCCCGAAAUUUUUGGGCGCAAUCAACUCGAUAGAUUAAUCUUGCCACCGCUCCAACUGUGACGGCCUCUGCACGAAGGGGGCUAUUUUAGACUUUAAAAGCCAUUUUGUGUGUUAAAUGCUACGGCGUCAAUUAUAGAGAAAUAAAUUUAAGUGUUUUUUUUUACCAUCACUCUGAGAGUGCAAUAAAAUCAUUUUACAGAGAAA